GUAUUUUAGUUGAAUUUAUGUGUUUACAUCGUUAACGUUUCCGCCUGGUGUACAGUGUGAUGAUGAUGAUGAUGACAGAAGUGGGUGGGGUCACAAAGAGCCAAGAUGGAGGACUUUGAGGAGCCGCUGUCAGAUGAGGAGAAGGUUCGCAUCGCGGCCAACUUUGUGACUCAUGCUCCACCCGGAGAGUUCAACGAGGUCUUUAAUGAUGUGCGGCUUCUCCUCAACAACGACAACCUCCUCAGGGAGGGAGCAUCACACUCUUUCGCUCAGUACAACAUGGAUCAGUUCACUCCUGCCAAACUGGAGGGCUACGACGAGCCGGUCCUGAUAACAGAACACGGCGACCUGGGUCAGGGUCGUUUCCUGGACCCUCGCAACAACUUGUCGUUCCGCUUCGACCACCUGAGGAAGGAGGUGAGCGACGUGCAGCCGCACGAAGGUGACGCGUCCCUGAAUAGCUGGAGAGACGCCUGUGACUCUGUCCUGAGCGCCUACGUCAAAGAGCACUACCCCACCGGUGUCAGCACGGUUUAUGGGAAAACAGUUGAUGGGCAGCAAACCAUCAUCGCCUGCAUUGAAGGACAUCAGUUUCAGCCCAAAAACUUCUGGAACGGUCGCUGUAGGUCAGAGUGGAAGCUCACCCUCGGUCAGUCCACGGCUCAGGUGGUGGGAGUUUUGAAAAUCCAGGUGCACUACUAUGAAGAUGGAAAUGUGCAGCUGGUCAGUCAUAAGGAGGUCGAAGAGUCAAUACCAGUGACUAAUGAAACACAGACAGCCAAGGAGUUUGUCGACAUUAUUGAAAAUGCCGAAAAUGACUAUCAGACUGCGAUCAGCGAGAACUACCAGACCAUGUCUGACACCACCUUCAAGGCUCUGCGUCGCCAGCUGCCCGUCACGCGCACCAAGAUCGACUGGAAUAAGAUCCUCAGCUACAAAAUCGGCAAAGAGAUGCAGAACGCUUAGUGGCGGAAGGUCGGGUCGGACCAACCAAAGCUGAACUACCAUCGAUCAGUCAGUAACAAAAACAGUAAUAACAAUAAUAAUAAGUGAAGAAGUGCAGACUGAGGCACAGGUGAAGGAGAGGUUUGUCAAAGAGUUAGCGCUUCAUCUUCUCUCUAGGUUUAAAUAAAAAAACAAAUGUUUAUUUAUUACUGAAAUAGAGAUUUCAACGUCAAAACCAGGACUGAUGAAAGCACAUUGUUACAUAUCAGGGUUUUAGGUUUGAUUUAGCGCUGGAAAACACGAGGGAAUUCAAAUCGGAACAAACGGAAAAGUCGCCCGUUUUCUCGGUGAAUCGAGUCAACGUUUGUGUUCGCUCUUAAUGAUUUGUCAGGUCCUUGAAAUCCUUGAAAGUUUGUGAGUUUGAAAAAAAAAGUUUGUUUCAAGUGAAAGACAAAAUGGCUCCACAGCGCCCCCUAGAACAUAUAACAUUAAACAGCUCACGCAUGAAAAUCGGCACGUAUGUUUAUCGGGAUAAGAUCUGGAAAAAAAAGGAAGGCGGCCAUUUUGGAGCAAGCAGCCAUUUUGUCAAUUCCGCACGUACGUUGUAUUUUGAACAAACUCCUCCUCCCUCGAGCUUUUAUCGCAAUCGACUUCUACUACUUUGGUCGUCGGGUCACUCCUGACAAAAUGAGGAGUAAAAGUCGUCACUGCGGUUUUUGGCACUAGGUGGCGCCAGUGUUCUGACGACGUGUUAAUAAGUGUUCCAACUUCACAACAGAAGGUCCCUGUUUUUACUUUGUCUUCUCCACCAAUGACUGAAAUAAGAUGAAGUACCUUUUAUUUUGCAUCUAUAAUAUUUAGUCUCUUUACUUUGGCUCCUCCUCCUCGCUUUUCCUCAGUGAAGGGAAAACAUAACUCAUAAUUUAAAAACAAAAAACAAGAUUUAUUUGCCAAAAAUCUCUUUCCUAUGGUAAAGAACUCCAUCCUCCCACUCAUGUAUGCAAAAUUUCUAUUUUAAUAUGCUGGUUUUUGUUGGAAGUCGUAGAAUUAUCAUCUUUAUUAUUAUUGCACUCUUUCACUGUAACAAACAAACAUGUAUUUAAAUAUAUACACACCGUACGUGUUACAUGACUUCUGUAAGGGCCACAUCAUACAUACUGUACUGUAUACGUGUCACAUGACUGUGCUGUGUUCACCCCCCCCCACCCCCACACACACACACACCUCACACUGAACGACAACCGUGUGCCGAUCAGUCACAACGUUUAAAGACUGUACUGCCCCCUUGUGUUGUACAAAUAAAUGGAUUGAACUUCUUGACUA